GGUUACACACUCCUCCCACCUUAUGCAACACAGUAAUUAGGAUUUGGGUUCUUUUCUCCUGCACUCUGAAGCUGAGCUCCUUUCUCUCAGAGAGGAUCCAAAGUACUUUUGUCCACAUUCUCAGGCAUUUAAGACUUGAUCCAUGGGGAGCUUUCCAGGAGUUUCUCUGUUUCUUCUGGGCGCGACAUUGUCCUUAACUGUAAGUCCUGUCCAGGGUGGAAAGAUUCUGGUGUUCCCCGUUGAUGGCAGCCAUUGGGUGAACAUGAACCUGCUGAUCCAGAGCCUCCACGCCAAAGGCCAUGAAGUCACUGUGGUCCGCACAGCCACUAGCUGGUAUGUCAAAGAAGAGGCACCACAUUACAGCUCCAUCACUGUCACCUUACCAGAGGCUGUCUGCAUAGAGGAGCAGGACUUCUUUGUAACUUUCCUGGUCAAGAUACUGGAGAUCAAAAAACAGGGGGCGUCUUUGAUGGCUUUCUUGAAGUUCUACUGGGAAGUGCUAGGUUCAUUAUCAAAAAUCUACCAACAAGCUAGUCUGUUAGGUGUAGAAAUAUUUGAGAACAAGACUCUAAUGUCGAAGAUACGUGACUCUAAUUUUGACCUGGUUCUUAUGGACCCUGGACUUCCUGUUGGAGUUAUAGUGGCCCACAAACUAAAGCUUCCAGUUGUUUUUAAUGUUAGAUGGAUGACCAGUGGGGAUGGUCAUUUUGUUGUUGCUCCAUCACCAACGUCAUAUGUCCCUACUUCUGGAAAUGCUAUAUCUGACAAGAUGACCUUUUUUGAAAGAGUCAAAAACACAUUCCACUACUUCCUCAACACCUGCAUUGACAAGUUUAUAGUGUGUCCUCCUUAUGAUAGAAUGGUAGAAAAGUACUUAGGCCCAGAUGUGAACUUCUAUCAGCUUCUUCAAGGAGUAGACCUGUGGCUCAUGAGAGUGGACUUUGUCUUCGAAUUCCCCAGGCCUACCAUGCCAAACAUUGUCUACAUUGGAGGAUUUCAGUGUAAGCCUGCUGAGGCCUUACCUUCAGAGUUGGAGGAGUUUGUUGAAAGUUCAGGAGAACACGGCUUCAUCCUGAUGUCUCUGGGGACGCUGGUGAAUGGUCUGCCAAUAGAAAUAACUUCGGAAAUCGCAGCUGCCUUCGCUCAGCUUCCUCAAAAGGUCGUAUGGAGGCAUGCUGGUGAACGCCCCAACAAUGUGGGGAACAAUACCCUUCUGGUGAAAUGGAUGCCCCAAAACGACUUGCUGGGUCACCCAAAGAUAAAAGCCUUUGUGGCUCAUGGUGGCGCCAAUGGGAUCUAUGAGUCCAUGUACCAUGGUGUGCCAAUUAUUGGCAUUCCCCUGCUGUUUGACCAGUUUGAAAACAUUUUGCGAAUGGAAGUUCGAGGAGCUGCUAAAAUGGUGGAUGUAACAAAAGUCACUCAGCAGAAUUUCCUCAAAGUCCUACAAGAAGUUCUUAACAAUCCCUCCUACAGAAACAACAUGAAGCGUCUGUCUGCUCUCCACCGAGACAGACCAAUGCAUCCUCUGGAUGCUGCAGUUUACUGGAUUGAGUUUGUUAUGAGGCACAAAGGAGCUGCACAUUUACGCACCGAGUCUUAUAAGAUGCCCUGGUAUGUGUAUCAUUCUGUGGAUGUUAUAAGCUUUUUGUUGGUCAUCUUGUUUAUGCUGACAGCCUGUGUAGUGGCAGUCAUACGAUUCACGUGGCUUCGAAUGUGCAGGAGGAGGAAACCAAAGCAAGAGUGACUCCUCGAAUGAAGAUGGAUCCAAUUAAAAUGUUACAUUGAUAUUCUAGUCAAAGGAGCUUGCAAAGAAAAGUGUCUGGACUU